CUGCGCUCCGUCCGCUCACAUGAGCGGCGCGUGAAAACCUGCACACGGGUCUGCGUUCACAGCCAGGCUGCCACCGAGCCGAACUUUCCGACCAUUCCAGCGCCACUACGGGUCCGGGACACAGCUCCGGGACCACGCCUCCGAGAGCGCGGCCCCGCGUGCGUCACCCGCUACGUCGCAGUCCACGUGACCCCCAGGGCCGCCGGGGCUGACAGCAACUUCCGGGUGCCCAGGGACCGACGAGGUCUUUGCGUGUCGGAUAUCCCUUUGUCGCUGCUCCUCUUAGCAUCCGGGAUACGUCCCGGGGGACUGGGUCUUCCUCUGCAAGAAGCUGCUAAGGAACACGCCAGGUGACCCGAAGAAGAACGCUCGGCCCGGCCAGCCCCAGACGAGGGGCGGUACGGCGAGCCACGCAUCGCGCACGCGCGCUGGGAGCCGGCCCGCCCGGCCGCGGUGACGUCACGGGGGGCGGUGCUGAGCUGGCUGGAGGGAGAGCGGCUGCGGGCAGGCUAGGGAAGCACACCGGGGGACCUGUGCCGUCUGUGGCAGCAGCAUGGCCGUGCUCUACGGAGGUGUGGAGGGGGGAGGCACACAGUCCAAGGUACUUUUGCUCUCAGAAGAUGGAAAGAUCCUGGCAGAAGCAGAUGGACUCAGCACAAACCACUGGCUGAUCGGGACAGACAAAUGUGUGGAGCGGAUCAACGAGAUGGUGAACAGUGCCAAACUGAAAGCAGGGGUAGACCUUCUGCUACCUCUGCGAAGCUUGGGCCUUUCCCUGAGCGGUGGGGAGCAGGAGGAAGCAGUGAAGAUCCUGGUGGAGUUGCUGAGGGACCGAUUUCCCAACCUGAGUGAAAACUACUUAAUCACCACCGAUGCCGCAGGCUCCAUCGCCACAGCUACUCCGGAUGGUGGAGUCGUGCUCAUCUCUGGGACUGGCUCUAACUGCAGACUCAUCAACCCUGAUGGCUCUGAGAGUGGCUGCGGUGGCUGGGGCCACAUAAUGGGAGACGAGGGCUCAGCCUAUUGGAUCGCACAUCAAGCAAUGAAAAUAGUGUUUGACUCCAUUGACAAUCUCGAGGCAGCUCCUCAUGAUAUUGGCUACGUCAAGCAGGCCAUGUUCAGCUAUUUCCAGGUGCCAGAUCGGCUAGGAAUCCUCACCCACCUUUACAGGGACUUUGAUAAAAGCAGGUUUGCCGGGUUCUGCCGGAAAAUUGCAGAAGGUGCUCAGCAGGGAGACCCCCUUUCGCGAUACAUCUUCAGGAAGGCUGGUGAGAUGCUCGGCCGGCAUGUUGUGGCAGUGCUGCCUGAGAUUGACCCGGUCUUGUUCCGAGGAGAGAUGGGCCUCCCCAUCUUGUGUGUGGGCUCUGUGUGGAAGAGCUGGGAUCUGCUGAAGGAAGGUUUCCUUACAGCACUGACCCAGGGCAGAGAGCUCCAGGCUCAGAACUCCUUCUCUGGCUUCACCCUGAUGAAGCUGAGGUACUCCUCCGCCCUAGGUGGGGCCAUCUUAGGGGCCAGGCAUGUUGGGCACGUCCUUCCCAUGGACUACAGUGUCAGUGCCACUGCCUUCUACUCCCACACCUUUUCCUAGGGGGCUGGCCCUGGCUCCACCCAUUCUACACCCACUGGACAUGGUAUGCUAGAACGAAGGAAUUUUUUUUUUUUUUUUUUUUUUAAGAACAUCUUAUAGGAGAAAAUAAAGGCACUUUAACUGGUCCC